GAACUGCAAAACGACAUGUUGUCGAUGUUGUCAUCUCAGCGUGACCUAUACUUCGCCCGUACGCCGCUGGAUGCACACCAAAGCAUGCGAGAAGCAAUCACGCUUCAUGCUCUCAAUCAUAUCACAAAAAAACGGCGUCGUGUGUUGAAGAACAACGAGCGCCUCGCCCACGCGUCCAAGGCCGGUAACCCAGCACCUGAAGAUGUCCAAGAUCAGGGCUUUACUCGCCCCUCCAUUCUGAUACUCUUACCCUUCCGCUCAUUUGCACAGAAAUGGAUCACCGCGCUUACCUCCCACACUCCCUCGCCGUCGUAUCAGGUGGAGAACCGUGCACGGUUCUACACAGAAUAUGGGCUGCCGUCGGGUGCAGUGGACAAGCUCGCGAAUGCUGAUCCCGGCACUUACCCACGGGAUCAUGUCGAAAUGUUCAGUGGGAACGUGGACGAUGCGUUUCGGCUGGGCAUCAAGAUGACACGCAAGAGCGUAAAGCUCUUCGCGGACUUUUAUGGUUGCGACUUAAUUCUUGCGAGCCCGCUGGGGCUGAGAAUGUCCAUCGAGAAGGAAAAGAAUGCAGACUUCCUGUCGUCCAUCGAAGUUCUCAUUGUGGACCAAAUGGAUGCACUCACCAUGCAAAACUGGGACCACGUUCAGUUUGUGUUCUCGCGUCUCAACCAACUGCCGAAGGAAUCACACGACGCCGAUUUCUCUCGGAUCAAGCCUUGGUACUUGGACGGACACGCGGCAUACCUUCGACAAUCGAUUCUGCUCACAGGCUACGAGACGCCGGAGACACGCGCACUUUUCAAUAGCUCGCUGAAGAAUGUAGCUGGGAAGGUCAGGACGGAGCGCAAAUGGACACCAGUGGAAGUGCCAGUGGGCAUCGACCAAAGUUUUGUACAAUUCGAUUGUAGCCAUCCGAAGGACGAGCCGGAGAAACGUUUCCACCACUUCACAACACAGAUUCUUCCUGUUGUAAUGAAGUCGGCUGUGCAGAGCGUUAACACGGUCGUGUUUAUUCCCUCCUCGUUCGACUUCAUCCGAGUGCAAAAUCAUUUCAGAAAGAGUUUGGGUGUAUCUUUCUCUGUGCUAUCAGAGUACUCCUCGAAUCAAGAUAUUUCACGCGUCCGACAAGCAUUCUUCUCUGGAAAGACAGCAUUUUUGCUUGUCAGCGAGCGCUUCCACUUCUUCCGAAGAUACAAAAUUCGUGGCAUCCGCAACCUCAUUUUCUACGGCCCGCCCGAUCAUCCGCAAUUCUACACGGAAUUCCUCUCGUACCCUUUCCUGGACGACGGUGUCGAUGCCUCCGAUGUGACCUGUCGUGUUUUAUACUCAAAGUACGACUGGCUACGACUCGAGCGUAUUGCAGGCACCGAGGGGGCUGCAGCGUUACUGAAACGAGGUGCCGCUUAA